AUGAGCUCUACCCUUCAGAAUAAGACCUCGUGGUCCAAAAACGGAAUCAUUGCCUAUGGUGACUUUGAAUCCCCGGAAAGUAACCUCUGUAUAACUUUUCUGGAGACAAUCAAUGGUGUCAAUUGGAGGCUGCAUCCACCGCAGCGAUAUGUCAUAUACCCUCAACUGCACGAGACGAGUGCGGUACCAGAAACCGCGACCGCCUCAUCACCAAGUACGCUGGGCGCUGGAACGUCAACUGUUAGUAAUGCAAGCUCAAAAUCUUCAGCUUCCUUUUUCUACAACAUUUCUUCGGUACACUGGAAUAACUGGUUCAGUCUCCCGGGUGACAUGCUUGCCGUCUGUGAUGAACUUGGGAAUAUGACAAUGCUAAUUUCUGGGCAAGGACCUGAAGGCAUCUCAACGUACGAUAAGUUGACGAUGCUUUUCCAAGACAACAUAUACAAAAUACACAACCACGUCAUGCCAUUGAGUCCAAUCACCAAAAUAAACAAGAACCUUGAGAGGAAGAAGACCAAGAAACAAUAUCACACCACGAUCUUAGAUUUUCAUUGGAUUAGUUCGUCGAAGAAUAUUAUUGUUUCCCAAUUCUGUGCGUUAGACACAACUAUCAACACAUAUAGGAACAAAGCGCAGCAAAUCCCCCCAUUUGGUGUGUUCCAUCCACCUUUCAUGAAAUACGCUUGCGUUGCUGUCCGUAGAAAUGGACAAAUUGAUUUUUGGUAUCAGUUCUCAAACUCAAAGGAUCAUAAAAAGAUUACAUUGCAGCUGGCGAUGUCUCACACCCAAAGGUUCAAGGAACUGGAUUGGUUACGCUUUGCCAAUAUUACACCGAUGGACAAAGGCCAUUGUAUGUUGGUUACUACUUAUUCUCAAUUGACACACACUCUUUCUUUUUACAAAUUAAACGUUUCCUGGAAUGCUAACGCGGCAAAAUCUGCAGUGCUGAGUGAUCCGACACUUAAAAUCCAGCAUAUUCUAACGACUUCUAUUAAUAAUGUAGAUGAAAGAGGAAACGUCUUGGAGCUAACAAAUCUACAUGUAGUGUCUAAAUCUUCUUCAUCAGAGAAAGAUCACCAUCCUGAAGUAAUUUUAGUGUAUCAUGUUGUCGGCACAGGUGAGUCACUUAUGAAACGAAUCCGAUUAAUGCAUACUUACUUGGCCCCAGAUUAUCUCUCGAUUUUGAAACCAGACUAUUGGGAACAGCAACAGAAACAAGUGAACGGGAGGGGCAAUGAUCAGAGCGUAAACCCCAAAGCACCACUGAAAACCAACCGGUAUAACAUAAGAUACUACUCCGAUAUGAUACUUAAUGGGAAAAUAAGUUUUUUGUCUUCAGAAGUAUUAGAUGGUUUUGUGACACUAUAUUUUGAAAAUGGAGAUAUACAAGUUUUCAAUUCGAGUGAUUGGGAAUUGGAAACCAAAAGACUUGUUAAUCAAGUAAAGGAAGGUAAAUUCACUAAUAUAAUCACAUCUGUGAUAAGUACAGGAUUGAAUUUCCCAAAACUACCAUCUUUGAUUGCCGUCGAAUGGAUAAAUGUAUCACCAACGAUGUCUGGUGUGAUCUUAAAAAAACACGGCGUCGCGACACCGGAAUUUCAUAGUAUCAGUAGAGACGAUGUUUCGGAUCCACAGAACGACGUGGUGGAUGCAACCGCAUUUGCAUUUGCAUUUGUAGGGAGCAUCCACAGACAACUUUCCACCGAGGACCUUUCGGUUGCCUUCAAGACCCAUAUAUUGAAGCUAGCCACAAAUGACGAGAAGCGGGCUGCAGGUUUUAUUAUGGCUCUUAUGAAGAGCAUUUAUCCGUUUUUCAACGUUUCGUUAGGUGCUCCGAGAGAAUUGAUGGAGAAGAUGGUUUCUUCGAGACCGAUUCAAAAGAUAAUGUUGCUCCAGAUGGAAUUAGGAAAUGGCCUUAAGGAGGAGCAGGAUAUUGCAGAGAUGGCAAGGAUUGUUCUCUUUUUGAAAAAUGUGCUCUUUUCAUUCAACGGAGUAGCGAGGAAUAUUCAAUUUGCCAUUGAGCAAAUGAAUAACGGCAACGGUGCAGGGCAGAUGAACUCUGGGAAGUUAUUUCAAACAGCUUUUUCGAAGCAGGACCUGAUUCACUCUCUCAUACCAAUUGCUAAAUGGUUUGUUAAGUUUGUUGCCUACCUGAUGCAAGAGGUAUUGCUUCUGAUAAACUCUAGCAGUUACAAAUCCAGUUCUCUUGUGUUUGGUGUCUUUGGUUCAAAAAUGUGCAGGCAGCUAAUCCUUUCCAUUUUGACAGAAAUUAAGAAAGUUGUCCACGUAAUUAGUAAAUUCCCAGAAACUGUCUAUCCAAUUUUGAACGAAUCCUCGAACUAUCUGAAGGUAGUGUUGAAAGAGUCACCAGUGGACUUUGAGAAAUUCGAGACAUUUUUGAUCAAUGUCAAUAACAAGCUGACCGCCGUUGGAGAGGACCAAACCCCAGAAUACAAGGAGAAUAUUAUAAACCGAGAACAUUCGCUACUGGUGAAGGCAGAGAUACCAGAAAAAUUCGCAAACAUAAGCGCAUUCCUCGUGGCUUACUCCAAGAACACUCUGCUCUCGAACUCGAACGCAGCAAGCAUCUAUUUCACGGAUACAUCAGGGCUACGUAUCUCCCAGAAUGAAUUUUUCGUGCCAGAGGUAAACCGCCUGCUACAGCCCAUUGAGGAAGGUCUUGUACUGAACUCUGAGCAACUUUCAGAUAAGUUCAAGAACUCACUAGCCUUCAGCCAGCCAAUUUACGACGGCAUUACGUACGACAAGUUCAGCGAAAUGGAAUUGAAUGACGGGAAGAUGAAGCGUUGCAGCAGAUGCGGAUGUCUCACCCGCGCAGGCUACCCAAUUUCACACGACAAGACGAUAAUACCAACCAGCUACCAAACAAAGAGAUGGCCCGCCAUGUACACCCGGUUCUGUAUCUGCUCUGGGCUACUCUACGAGGUAUAG